AACGAUACUUGUUUUCAGCCUGAAGGACUGUUGGCCACCAAUCCAUCCUUGCAAUGUAUUUUACUACUCCGGCUCGCUCUAUAUAAUACAAAUAUGUCUAAGUACGUGCUCAGAGAUGAUCUAGUCAGUUCUAGAUACAGUUGAUACCGAGCGACUUGGAUGGGCGUCUCUCUCGCUUACCUGCUAAAAUUCCAGUGUCCAGAGUCUCCCUUCGCCAGGCACCGUGACCCUGCCGCGAAAGGUGCAGAAGAAGUAGGAGUGUCUCACAGGAAUACAUGCAUGGGAAGUAUAUACCCGACGAUAAACCGCGAUUCUCCUAACAUUUGACGUUCUCUACAUCAUGGCUGCUUUCCUGCAGCUUCUUCUCUUCGGAGGGCUUACCUGGAUAUUCUGGCGGAUUGUGCGACCUUUCUUCACCAAAUCGCCUCUCGAUAAUGUUCCAGGCCCUUCAUCUGUUUCACUUUUUUCUGGUAACUUGGGCCAGUUAUUCGCCCGUCAUGGAUGGGACUUCCUUGAUCAUUUGAAUGAUUGGUACGGAGGCGUGGUCAAGCUCAACGGUUUUCUCGGGGGUCGAUACCUAUACGUGUUUGACCCAGCAGCCAUGCAUAGCAUCGUCGUGAAAGACCAACAUCUUUUCGAGGAAACAUCUUGGUUCCUGUCGAGCAACUACCUCUUGUUUGGUCCCAGUCUUCUCGCCUCCCAUGGGGAGACUCACCGGAAGCAACGCAAGCUCUUAACUCCAGCCUUCUCCAUAAAUCAUCUCAAACAGAUGACACCAGUAUUCAAUGCAGUCGCUCGUAAUUUGCGCGAUGCCAUGGCCGAGCAGGUGAAAGAGACACCAAAGGAACUUGAUGUCCUGGGUUGGAUGGGUCGCGCUGCGCUCGAGACUCUCGGCCAAGGUGGACUUGGGUAUUCUUUUGACCCGCUUGUACGUGAGACUUCAGAUACAUUUGGUGAUGCCGUCAAGGCAUUCCUACCCACUCUCUUUUCGCUCCACUUCUAUCGCAUGUUCCUGCCCUUCGUUGGCCAUCUCGGCCCCCCUGGUUUCCGUCGCAAGGUCCUCGAAAUAUACCCGAAUAAGAACGUACAGAAGAUGAAGGAUCUUGUCGAUACGCUUUACAGUCAAGCCGUAUCAAUCUUCAAUGCCAAGAAAGCCGCCCUCGAGAAUGACGACGAAGCGGUGCAUGAGCAAGUAGGCGAAGGAAAGGACAUCAUGAGUCUACUUCUGCGUGCAAACGUGGAAGCGUCCGAAGAGGAUCGUAUCUCUGAUGAAGAGCUGAUUGCACAGGUCAACACUCUUGUGUUUGCGGCGACGGACACGACAUCCAACGCCCUGGCCAAGACUGUCUUUCUCCUCGCUGAACGGCCUGAUGUACAAGAAAAGCUGAGAGAAGAAGUCACUGCCGCGCGAGAUGGUGGUGACCUUUCAUAUGACGCCGUCAGUGAACUCCCGUUCUUGGACGCCAUUUGCCGAGAGACUCUCCGAGUCUACCCUCCUGUGACGACGCUUUUCAGAGACACGCUUGAAGAUGCCGUUCUGCCUGUCUUCAAGCCUUUCCCAGGUGUCAAUGGACACAUGAUUCAUGAAGUCGCAGUCCCUAAAGGCACCCCCAUCGUCAUUAGUCUUCACGGUUACAAUAGAAACAAAGCUAUCUGGGGAGAAGACGCCACCGAAUGGAAACCUGAACGUUGGUUGGAACCCCUCCCUGAGGCUGUUCGCGAGACCGCGAAUGCUGGCGUUUACUCUAACCUAUUGACGUUCUUGGGAGGCUCCCGUUCGUGCAUCGGGUUCAAAUUCUCUCAGCUGGAGAUGAAGGUCAUACUGUCGACCGUUAUCGAGUCGUUCCGCUUUUCGCUUCCUCAACAAGAAAUCGUUUGGAACAUUGCCAACAUUGCGUAUCCGACUGUUGGUGAGGAAGACAAGGCACGGAUGCCUUUGAAAGUUGAAUUGGUGAAGCCUAUACGUGCAUAAGUUUUAUUCCCUUUCAUUUGGCCUCUUCCCGCCCAUCUUCACUCACAGUGGCGGGAAUCCUUUUUCCGCCCUCGUUCCGGCGAUCGAGUCUCCUUUACCUUUCUAAUCCGAACGCAAGGUUCUACCAUCUUGGAGAUUCAACAUGCUUUCACUACCCAGUACUCAGUGCUUGCUUCGUCUCUCAUUACAAUUUCAUUAAAGCCGAUUCCGUCAUUUUCUACUACUUCAGGUUUCGCACUGUGCGUUACACAUCUGACCGUAAGUCUACAAAUGCUGAGUUCGCGGUAAUGGAUAUGGCUCCUUGCCGUUGUGUAUG